GAGAGAGAUGUAGAUGAUGGUGGUGUCGGUGAUGAUGUGAAAUGCGUUCGAUUUCUUGAAUUUUCAGGCAGAGGUCAACUUCCUAGGGCAACUACAUCACCCCAAUCUUGUUAAGCUUAUCGGUUACUGUAGCGAAGAUGAUCAGAGGUUGCUUGUCUAUGAAUUCAUGACUCGAGGAAGCCUUGAAAACCAUCUCUUCAGAAGAGCUCUCCCUCUUCCGUGGUCUGACAGGUUAAAGGUUGCUCUUGGAGCAGCUAGAGGUUUGGCUUUUCUUCAUGGAAAUGCUGAGCCGGUCAUCUAUCGAGAUUUUAAGACAUCAAACAUCCUGCUAGACUCGGAAUACAAUGCGAAACUGUCAGACUUUGGUUUGGCAAAAGCAGGACCCCAAGGCGACAACACUCAUGUUUCUACUAGGGUUGUUGGAACCUAUGGUUAUGCAGCACCAGAGUAUGUGAUGACUGGGCACCUGACCUCUAAAAGUGAUGUGUAUAGCUUCGGUGUUGUGUUACUAGAGAUUCUAACAGGUCGACGAUCCAUAGAUAAGAAUCGUCCUGGUGGGGAGCAAAAUUUGGUAGCUUGGGCGCGCCCCCGUUUGGCAGACAAGAGGAAGCUUCGCCAACUAGUAGACCCUCGUUUGGAACUGAAUUACUCAAUCAAAGGAGUGCAAAAGGUUGCACAGUUAGCAUACUAUUGCCUAAGCAGGGAUCCCAAAUCUCGGCCUUCAAUGGAUGAUGUGGUGAAGGGCUUAACGCCAUUGAUGCAUCUUGAUGAUCUAGCCCGCUUGUCAUUCCACAGUCAACCAUCACACCAGGCUCGUAACAGACUACAAAACGUCAGGAUUCAGAAAUGCGAGGGUUAUCAUGGGGUAGCAGGUAAGAAGGAUGGUAGAUGAAAUGGUCACUGGAAUUCCAAAAUUGUUUUCUCUGGCCGUUUUGGCUUGAUUGGUUGGGUUUUCUUCAAUACUUGGGUUCGUGGAGAAACUUUGGAAGUGAAAGAGAGUUUCUUAAAAGUUUCAUGUUCUCUUGUGAAUCUCUUCAUGCUUUGAAUUCAGGGGGGAAGGUUUAGCAAUGGCAAUAAGGAUUGCUUGCCUUAUGGCUUUUUCUUCUUGAAUGGACCAACCAAACAGUGGCAGCAAUCAGUUUGGAAUCUGGAAAAACUCUUUCCCGAAGUACCAUGGACAGGCAAUCUUGUAUUAAGUAUGGAAAUAUCAAGGACUCAUCUAUCUGUUUGCCUGGCACUGCACUUAUGAGUAUGUAAAAUAUCUCCUAGUGGAUGGGGACCAAAAGUUUAUCAUCCUUGAUUCUGUUAUGAGAAAUGCUGAUAUUGUAAUCAAAAUGGAUAGAAGACUAAGAUAUUGGAGCAGCGCAAACCUCACAUUCCUGAAAUUAAUGUUUCGUUAUGUUUCUUUUGCACUUUGGUGCUUUCAUCUGUUAUACGUGGCAUUCUUUUUUAAGAUUGUGAGAGGAAUUUGUCAUCACCUUAGAGAUGAAAGGGGUAUUCGACAAGCAUAAGUCCUCGAUGUCUUGGAAGGCUACAAGUUAUGUGCAUGACACACUGUCUCUCGUGCUAUUUCCCUUUGCUUAUCAAUCAUGGAAUGCCACCAAGAAGGAAUUUGGAAUUUCUAUGAUGAUUGUGGAGAAAAUACAGAAUAAUCAGCAUUGAUCAGGAGUUUCAAUUGAAAAUAUAAUGUGUGGUAAGAUACUAUGAGAACGUGUAUGCACACAUGUAUGUGUACAUAUAAAGGUUGAAGGAUUUUUACAUAACUAUAAACAAUUCACUAUGCCGCAAUUUCAAUGUUUAAAGUCAUGAAGGACUGUGGUGAGGCUGUUGCAUGGGCUGGAUACUAGUCUUGGAAGUUGGAUGCUUCCAGUGGUCGCAAUUCCUCUAAAUAAUACGGCAGAACUUUUCAAAUAACUCUUGGGUACUUUUUGCAUACAGAUAAAUGUUGCCUGCUUUUGCAGGACUGGGGAGUCCCUUGCACUGUGUUGAGAGAUUGUUUGUGAGGAGCACCGAAUAUUAAUAUUGGCAAUCCAACUGUGACUUGUUUGGCUGGUACUCCACUGUUCCAUUCCCCAUCCUCUUUGACUCUUUUCCAGAAAAUGGAGGCAACCUGACAAGCAUAUAGCUAAGAACUCUACCUCCUCCUCUGAGUGACUCUGCCUCCCCUUAUCUCUAGCAUCCUUCUCAUGUUUGCUUUCUCUUCUGACUUCAUGACUGUUCUGCAAUUCGGUGUUCUUUUUCCUCUGGGCCUGUGUGAAACUUCACAUCUCUCUCCAAGGAAAUCCCUUCACCUUCGGGGUCAAGCAUCUCUGUCUCAGUUAAGGCAGAGUUGCAAGUUUUCUUGCAAAGUUCUUUGAAAAGAUCUUCUUUUUGAAGCUCAAAGAAAUCCAUGGGUCUAUCUCUUCCCCUCUCCAAUUCUCCACUUUCUAAUGAAUCAUCGUCCUCUCCCUCAUUUAUUCCUUCUGGGAUCCUAGGAAGCCAACCAGUAAACGACAACCCUCCACCCUAAUGACCACGAUCCGGAAACCCUUGUGCCGCGAAGGAAGAUACACUGUCCUGCAUGGGCAAUUGCCUACCACUAUCUUCAUGUUCUUUGUUAUCAUCCUUCUUGAUCUGUUCGACUUGCUCUUCUCCCUUGGUGUCUUUGAUUGACAGAGUUCUCAGAUUAUCCAGCUGACUAAUUUCUCCUUGGGGAGGUAACGUGUCCUCAAACUCUUCUUCACUUGAGUCACAGAUAACGUCAUUUUGCUUCAGAUCUUCGAUAUUGAAGAAUUGGAUCUCUUCAUCCCAGCUAUUCAAAGGGGUUAGUUUCUUGGUUCGCAAAGGAGAGGAGCGAGUAUCAGCUGCUACCUCUGAUCUGUAAUGGCUGUUUUCCUCUCUGAUUUCUCCCUUCUUCUGCCACCCAUCUUUAGGUUUCUCUGUUUUGGAAUGUUUUGUCUGUUGGAGUUCAGGAAGUCUCAUCAAUUUUGAUGCUAUUUGCUUCAACUUUUCAAUAUAAUCAUCUAUAUUUUCCGCAUGUUGUUUUGACUUCUUGUAUGAAAUUCUCCUCUCUUCUAUC